UUUUGAGAGAGUGCAAGAAUCAGCAUUACAAUCAUCUAUACUACAAGUUAUAAACUGACACUGCAACAUGUACACGACACUUGAUUUCAUAGUACUGACCAAAUCCAAGUCAGUGAAAGCCAUGCUCCUGACUCCACCCUACUACACUGCGAUUUCGCCAUUAAAAUCUCCUCCGAUCUCCUUAUCACACCUUGACGCCCUGGACUUCCCUACAAUCACCCACAUUUCAACCGCCUAUCUACGCACUCGCCGUCCUCCGCCACCAUGCAGCUAUGCGAAGUCGUGUCCAGCGCUUACUCUGUCCACGACGGCGGCUAACUUCUGUGCGAAGGACAUGCGGUGGAAAGACACUUUUGAUGCGGUGUAUGUGAGUACUGAUGAUGCGAUGUGGUACGGCACUGCACGACAGGAUAAUAGUCCUGGAGGGGUCAGGGUCGUGGUCUGUUACGCAUGAGUGGUUUGGUUUACUUCUGGAAGAUCCUGGAGGCUAUUCCUUGUCGUGUGUAACGUGACAGGGCUCAGCUAACUACGCGAGGGUUACACAUAGUGGCUCAUUGGAGACUUUGUCAUGGUAUCAUCACCAGCACAACGUUUGUUGGUCGUGGGGAUCUACGAGUGGAGACGAUGAUACGGUAGGCGUGCGUUGCCGUUGUUUGCUCGACACGCAGACGAC